GGGGUCAUAUCAAACAAAACUAACCGUAUAUGUGGUUAUCCAAUUGUUGAUGGUUCAAAAGUUAUCAAUGAUUUUUCAUUUCUAUAAAAAGAAUUAAUCACAAUAAAACUAUGUCACAUUUUUUACUUUUCAUUUUACAAAUUCCAUCCACAUGGAUGCACCUUUCACCAGAAAUAAUUUUAUGACAUGUGUAUUACUUCUUAUCAAUAACCUAAGAAAAAUGUUGUUUUCCUUGAAUUUUGUCAUGGAAUGAAAUAUUAAAGUCAUAUGUUCACCCAACAGUGAAAAAUACUAACCAUCAAGUUGAUGUUUGUCAUGGUUGAGUUCACAUGUUCAUCUUAAUUUUUAUAUACCCCUCCUUUCAAUUUGUUUUAAGGUUGACAUAGAAAUAAAUGGAGAACCACAAGAAAUACACAUGAAAUUAGGAGAGAGUGGAGAAGCUUUCUUUGUGGAAGGAUUGGAAGAUGAUGAUGAAAUCGAAAUUCCCGAGCACCUAGCUACUUCCCCUAUACCUGUCUCAGAAAUUGAGAACAUAUUCAAAAGUCAAGGUAGACGUAGGAGUUUUGAUCUAGAGGAUAUUACGAAACUCGGAUUAGAGAACCAGGAAAAUGACUAUACCAAGCGUCGCAAUACUACAGAUAAUGAAAACGAUACAACUAGAGGACGAAACUUUAUCAAAAAGCAUAUUAAUCUUGGUAAUAUUGAAGUGGGAGAAACGUCUGCAGAAGAAAUGACACUUUCUAUGAUAUCUGGAAAACACAGUAGUGAAGAUUUGAGCAAGAGUCAUAACGAUAUAUCUGAAACUAUAUUCAAGAUGGAUAGUUUGGACAUGGAACAUAGUAAGGUUGAAGAUCCAAAGCCAGAUGUAACUGUUACUCCUCCAAAAUCUGUGGAAGACCUUCCGAAUGAUGGCAAGACUAGUAAAAAGAGGCGAAAAAGAGUCAGACGAAAAAAUGCUCCAAGGAAGUCAACCAGCACUAAUCAGCUUCCUGUCAGUCAAACUUCUGAUUUUUUAGAAAACACAGAUACGAUAACUGAUAGAAGUUCUUUAGAUAGUAAUUCUUCAGAUCCUGAUGUUAAAGACAAGCCGAAACUAAGUCACACGAAACAGGCGGAUGAAAUGAAUCCAGUCAUAGAUUCUUCGAACAUCAAAAGAAUUGAUGCGGAUUUCCACUUCUUCAGUGAUACAGAGUUGACAACGAAUGGUGCCAAUGAUUCGAGAAGUGGUUCACCUGUGAAUGUUGAAACGGUUCUGUCUGAUUCAGAAUUUGAAGUGAAAGGACGUAAAGAGGAUGCCAAGGAAGGCGGAAAAAGUUGGGAAUGGGGUGGAUUCCCUAGCGUAUCCCAAGGGAAUUCGCCUAUGAGUGACAAUCCUAGGCAGGAAGAACACAAGUCCAUGUUGAGCGGAAUGUUUUCGUUCAUGAAGCAAAAACAUGGCACCCAGUCCAAUCUGGAGGGAGGGAUGUAUCUGUCGGACAUCACUUCUGGGAAUAUCGAUCAAGAGGUGGCAGAGAUCUAUUUCAAUCAGACCAAGGACAAAAAAGAUGUCGACAUGGAUUGUGAAUCAGGAAAUGGACCGUCGCUGGCUCAAAGUCCCAACAGCGCCGAAGGAUGCAAGAGUAUCGACUCAGACUUUGAGGAACAAACAAAAGUUGUGCAGUCUUUUUCACAAGAUAUUUCCCUGUCACUUUGUGGAUGGGACCCCCAACCGAGUCGGGACAGAUUCUUGGAGCACGUCGUCAAAUUCAGUGAUCUAUGCAACAACCCUGUUCUCUUCGAAAGCAGUAGUCUAGUGGUACGAAUCAAGGACAAAUACUACACUUGGAAGGUGGCCUCACCCAUCAUUGCCAGCAUCAUGAUAUAUGGCAGGCCACUAGUGCAAUCAUCUGUCGAUCAGCUCUGUAGUAUUCAUAUGCCUACUGCAAGUCCUCUUCUCGAUAAUAAAGACGAUCCUAAGCAACAACAGGAAUCGAGAUAUUCGUGGUUCAGCUGGAGAAGGAAAUCUUCAAGGGAAACGACUCCUGCUCCAGAAAAACUGACUGACAUUCAAAAGACUGCUGAAACCAGAGAAGUUGUUGAGGAAGUAGAGGAAGUAGAUGAAGAUACUGCAACAGCAGACACUACGACGACAGAAGAUAAAAUGCUCAGCAUCGAAAAGACCAAUUCUCCAUCUACUUUAGACAAAUAUAGGAAAACUCUGAGAUUGAGUUCAAAGCAAAUAGCAUCUCUGAAUUUGAAAGAUGGUGUCAACCACGUGGAAUUCAGUGUAACAACAGCCUAUCAGGGAACCUCGAGAUGUCAGUGUCAUCUGUACAAGUGGAAAUGGGAUGACAAAAUUGUAAUUUCUGACAUUGAUGGAACCAUCACCAAGUCUGAUGUGUUGGGUCACAUUCUCCCUAUAGUCGGCAGAGAUUGGGCUCAGACUGGAGUAGCGCAGCUUUUCAAUAAAAUCAGAGACAACGGCUAUAAACUGCUGUAUCUGAGUGCCAGAGCGAUAGGACAGGCAAGGACUACAAGAGAAUAUCUGAAGUCCAUCAGACAAGGAGAUUUGAGUAUGCCUGAUGGACCGAUCCUCCUUAAUCCUACAUCAUUGAUAACUGCUUUUCAUAGUGAGGUUAUCGAGAAGAAGCCUGAGCAGUUUAAAAUUUCGUGUAUGUCGGACAUCAAAGCUCUUUUCCCAACCGAUUCUAAUCCGUUCUAUGCUGGAUAUGGAAAUAGGAUAAACGACGUUUGGGCGUAUAGAGCAGUCGGCAUACCCAUCGUUAGAAUAUUCACCAUCAAUCCGAAAGGGGAGCUGAAGCACGAGUUAACACAGACUUUCCAAUCAAGUUACUCGGGCCAGUCCCUGGUGGUAAAUGACGUAUUUCCUCCCAUGUCAAAUAAAAUCAUGUCAAAAUAUGACUACGACUAUGACGAUGAUUCAGCAGACUCUGAAUCAUCAUCAGUCGACAGAAAUUAGUAUUAUUUGUACAAUGUUUGAAACGAACUGUGAUCAUGAUAGUAUAAAACGAUGUUUUUGUCAACCCCAAACUUGAAGGGGUGGGUGUAUUGAACUGAAAUCAGAGCAUAUGUAUUUUGUCAUGGAAGGGCUUUGCAUGCAGGUAUGAGUUUUUGCAUAUUGCAAGGAGCUAUGUAUGAAAGAAUAUUAGUAGUGAAAUAGGCAGAACAACGGAUGAUGAAAAUUAACAAGAUUUCGCCUAAUGAUCUAUUAUUAUUUGACGCUUAACUAAAACAUGGAAAAUGAGAAAAUACAUAUGUUGAACAAAUUUAAUUGAAAGUAUUAUCCUAUAAAGUAGAUUAGCAUAGCCAUAAUUUUAAGAAACAAUAAGUUGCAUUAUCCCAUACCUGGUCUCACCAUGUGUCAUCCUGGGGCGAUUUUUCUGCAUCCUGUAGAACUUCAGCAUGUAAUAUCAAAUGUUAUCCGAAUAUGAGUAUAAUAGUUGAUCAGCUGUUUCCUUCCCGUGUAGAAGCAGCGAAUGAUUAUUCCCAAAAUAUCUUCUGGCGAGACCCGAUUGUAGCUAUCGAAGAUAUUCCUGAAUUGUGAAGUUAUUGUUAGCAAAUGCGUGUUUAAACCUUGAGCAAAUUGUAAACCCAACCUAGAAAGUGGUGCUCCAAAGCUUUUGUUGUGAAUAGAAAUAUUGUAGGUGCUACCAAUUUUAUUCAGUUUUUUUUGUGAUAUUUCUUUGUUUAGACUUUGUUCUUCAUAGUUGAUCAUAUAUACAUACCAAACAUUAUUUGGAAGUCGUCACAUAGUGUUUCACUACUACUGACUCAUUUGAAUGAAUAUUGGUUACCGGAUUUGGGCUUGCAAUGUCACAUUAAUCAUUUAAUCAUCUUUUUUUUAAUUGAAAUUUACAAUUUGGUGUAGACAUUUUACAAGUAAAAUGUUCCUAAAACCCCUUCUAUAAAGGUGAGUUCCCAAUGCAGCGUUUUUUCCGUUCGCGUUGCAUGAAGUCACAUAUUUGACGCUAAUGAAGUUUGAAUAUUUACAUUUUUUGACGUUGCUGCAAGUCAUUUAUGUUCGAGGAAAUUUUGACUGCAAGUUCAAUAAACUUUUGCUCUGAUUCAUUUUAUUUUCACUGUGUUAUCUUCGUUUUCUUUACGAAUUGAUCGUUUCUAGUGUGUAACGUGACAUGCGACGUGAAAACCGAAAACGCUGCAUUGGGAAGUGCCAAUAAUUGUCAGUCUUGUGCUCAUAAAUUUGAAUCAGUCUCAACGGUUAUGUACAUGUAAAAGAUGGGUAAGUCGGUGAAACCGUGAAACGUGAGUGUUUUGUUUCGGCUGAAACUCAUGAAAUGCAUCUAAUUCAUUAUCUAGCGAAUUGUUCCACCAAUGAAGUGUUUUGAUACCAUGCAGAAGGGUUCAUUCAACUUCAAACUUAUUUUGCUUGGACUAUACCAAUUAAAUUACAUAAAAACAAGUUGACCAUGAGACUUAGCCGGAACAAGUGGAAGAUUUACCAUAUAUCAUUGCUGUGGAAUAGAUACUGUGUUAAAUUUCAACUAUUCACUGUAAUUCUGUUGAGGAAUCGAACAGAAAAAAAAUUGAAAGUGAUUUUGUUGGGAUAUCGUGGAAAAAUAGAUUUUUUUCAUGGCAUUUUAAGUAAAUUAAAUAAUUCAAUUUGGAUUGUGAUUAUAAAUUAAGGCUGUUGGUAUUGUGAUAGCGAUUUAUGUACCAACAGGUUUCUAUUCCUUUUAGUUUACGCUUUAGUUCAGUAUGUUAGCAAGAUAACUUAGAUUGGUAAUUUUAUUCAAUGUGAUAAUUUUCAGCGAAGACCGAGGAGAGAUUUUCAUCCAUUAUUUUAUUUUGUAAUAUUUGAAUUCAAUAAAUUGCUAUUUAUAUUUG